AUGAGCACACGCAAGCGCCGUGGAGGAGCAGUGAAUUCCAGGCAAGCUCGGAAACGCAACAGGCUAGUGGCUUCUACUGCAGAAAUGGCUUCAGAAGCAGAGCCAAUAGAGCUUGAAGAAAGUGCUGGUGAAGAAGUAGUAGAUCUCACAUGUGAAUCUUCUGAACCUGUAGUCGUUGAUCUAACUCACAAUGAUUCUGUUGUGAUUGUUGAAGAGAAUCAACGACCAAGGAGAAACCUCAGACUAAGAAGUCAGAGACAGUCAGACAGCUGUGUGCUGAGUAGUGAUGAUGAGGAUGAAACAAGAGACAGUGAUGUGUAUGUGACAAAUAAAGUAUCUCGAGAACUGGGACCACUAGAAGAUGAAACUGCAGGUUCCAAGCCGUCUGGUACCGUGAGCUGUCCCAUUUGCAUGGAUGGCUAUUCAGAGAUUGUGCAGAGCGGACGACUGAUUGUGUCAACCAAAUGCGGCCACGUCUUCUGCAGCCAGUGCCUCCGUGAUUCCCUUCGGAAUGCCAACUCUUGCCCAACCUGCAGGAAGAAACUCAAUCACAGACAGUAUCAUCCCAUCUAUAUAUGAAUACUUCUGUUUCUCAGGACAAAUUCAAAUGGAUUUUGGGGGAAAAUAUCAUGUUUUCAGUGCUCUGAAGAUUUAAAGGCAGCAAGUUGUGCAUACAUCCAAAUAAAAUUCUGGAGAAGAACUUGUAAUGUAUAUUGACAGCUUUCUUAUGGUCCAAGCUGCUUCUUGUCCUGUCCCUGGUCAUAAUGUUCAAUUUAGGACUGUCUUUAAACUGGACCAGCAGCCUACAUCAGAAAGGAAGCAGCUCAUCCAUGUCCUUCUACUUUUUUCAUGCUUUAGUAAGACGGGGUUGAAUAUUUUGUUAUUCCUCAUUCUAAGUUAUUCUCACCCUUGCAUAUGGAUGCAGAGUAGUUCCCUUUCCAGCUGCGGAUGAGUGCUUGCCCUUUUCGUUACACUUAA